AUCAUCAUGGGUCUCCUCGACAAGCUCUGGGACGACACUUUCGCCGGUCCUCGGCCGGAAAAUGGCCUUGGAAAGCUCCGCAAACAUUCCACCUUCAGUUUCCGAUCAAAUUCCGUCAAAGAGGCCGAAGGAGGGAACGGAAGAUCAUACGUUGAUGAUAUGACGGAGGAGACGACAAGGGUUACGCGUAGCAUCAUGAUAGUGAAACCUCCUGGAAAUUAUGGAUCACCGCCGGUUUCUCCGGCUGGAUCUACUCCUCCGGUAUCUCCAUUUUCCGCAGGAGGUAAGGGACUGAACCGGUUCCGAAGGAGGUCGACGUCAGAUGUGUACGAGAGAGCAGUAAAGGAGGAUGGAGGAAGGAGCCCUCCUUCUUCGUUUGAUGUGUAAAACUAAAAUACGAGAGAGAUUGUACUUGACGACGACGA